AUGGGUUCCGAUGAUACGGAGGGCGGCAAGGCGGUGACGCCCGCUGCGCCGCGUCGUCCGCUCAAGCUGCGCCUCAAGGUGGGCGGCGUGGUCGUCGACGUCUCGCGCGCCACUCCCAGUGCGCCGCGCGGGGGGAGCGGGGGAAGUAGUGCGAGCAGCGGGAGCAGCCGCGAGGAUCGUAUCAAAUCCGAUUGGCGCAUUGAUUCUGAUGAGCGCAUAAAAUGUGACGACGCGGAUGUUACAGAUAUGCGUCGCAGUGCGAAGGAGCAUAGACGCGCUAAAAGAGAAGGUUCGCGGAAGGAGGGAAGGAAGGAAGCGGAAGGCGGUUGGGAGCUGCAGACACCGCCGAUAAACGAUCGGCGGACGGGCGGGGGAGCGACGGCGCGAUCGGUGGAGGGACAGGAGAGAAUGGAGGAGCGGGAGAAGCUAGAAAAACGGGAGGAACAGGAGGAGCGGGAGGAGAGGGUUACGAGGGCGACGAGGGAGACAAGGGAAGGCGAGCGCGGCCGGGCAGAGGCGAGCAAACCGAGGGAGGUUGAGAUUCAGCAGGUCGACGAUGAUCGGACGGUGGAUCGCGCGUCGCGGAGGGACGGUUUGGACGAGCGCGGUCGGUUGCAGCAGGCGCUGGAGAAGGCGAGGAAGGUGCUGUCGCAGAGCAAGGAAGCACGUUCGAGCCCCAAGGAAUCUUCCUCGUCGCCUGCCUCGUCGCCGUCCUCCCCAUCGACACCUGGCGUCGCAGCCACCGAACUCGCAUCGCCAUCCACACCGUCAACGCCGUCGGCGCCAUCUGCGCCGCAGGUGGGCAGAGCCGCGAGCUUCAAGCGCCCCGCGCCCCUCCGCAGAGCAGCGCCGGCGCACGGGGGGGACUCGCGGGGCGGGGAGAGCGCGGAGAGGGGUCGUGCGGAGGGCGAUCGCGAGGGCGAUGAGGGGCGGGGCAGGGGACGGGCGGUGGACGAGGAGGAGGAAGGUGGGAAGAGGAAGAGGCAUGGGAGCGAGGAGAGGGGAGCGAGGGAGGGGUGUGAGUAUGAGAGGGGGGACGAGAAGCGGCACAAGGCCGAGCUCUCUGAAGCCUUCUCACAGUUCGGGGUGGUGGUGCACGCGCGCAUGGUGGAGCUGCAGAGCUACGGGUUCGUGGGGUUCAAGCACCGCGCAGAAGCAGAGGCUGCCAUUACUGCAGGGGAGGACGGCCGGUCGACUAUCAUUGUUCGGGGGCGGCGGGUGCGGGUCUCGUGGGCACAUGGGUCUCUGCCAGAGUGGAAGAAGGGUGUGGGGGGGUUCUCCUUUGCAGAAGGCUCCUCAAAGCUGCAGAAUGGGCGCAUGAAGAUGCUGGCAGCUACAGCAGCAGCCAGCGCUACAGCCAUGGCGGUGCUGUCCGGUGCUGCCCCUGUCCCCAUGCUUGCGGGCCCUGCUCCUAUGGACGCCAUGGCUGACGAUAUCCCUCUGAAAGAUCAGCUAGAUAUUGUCAUUCCUACCAUUCGCAACCUCGAUUUCCUCGAGAUGUGGCGUCCUUUUUUCGAGCCAUACCAUCUAAUCAUAGUCCAGGAUGGAGAUCCAACCAAGGUCAUCAAGGUUGCCAAAGAUCCGUCAGGGAAGGACAUCAACGCGCUUCAACAGCACAUUAAGAACCUGCUGAGCCCGUCCACGCCUUACUUCUUCAACACGCUGUACGAUCCGUACAGAGAGGGGGCUGACUUCGUCCGCGGCUACCCAUUCAGCCUAAGGGAAGGAGUUUCGACGGCGGUGUCGCACGGCUUGUGGCUCAACAUCCCUGACUACGACGCACCCACGCAGCUCGUCAAGCCAAGCGAGAGGAAUUCGAGAUACGUCGAUGCGGUGAUGACUAUCCCCAAGGGAACCCUCUUCCCGAUGUGCGGAAUGAAUCUGGCGUUCGACCGGGAGCUCAUCGGGCCAGCCAUGUACUUCGGGCUCAUGGGCGAUGGGCAGCCGAUCGGACGUUACGAUGACAUGUGGGCGGGCUGGUGCAUCAAGGUGAUUUGUGACCAUUUGGGCCUUGGAGUGAAGACAGGACUGCCAUACAUCUGGCACAGCAAAGCCAGCAAUCCGUUCGUCAACCUGAAGAAGGAGUACAAGGGUAUCUUCUGGCAGGAAGAUAUCAUCCCAUUCUUCCAACAAGUAAAGCUGCCCAAGGAGGCAACAACAGUGGAGCAAUGCUAUCUGGAACUUGCUAAGCAGGUGAAAGACAAGCUCUCUUCGCUGGACCCUUACUUCACCAAGCUAGCGGAUGCUAUGGUGACAUGGAUUGAGGCCUGGACUGAGCUGAACGCGAAGGCUCCUGCCGCUAGUGCUUCUCCUGCCAAAGCAAAGCAAGCUGCCAAGUAG